UUCUUGCACCGGCCCUGGGGACGGCUGGCUCCAUGGUCUCUCUGCUGAGCAUGCCAACAGGAGGGGCAGCCAGUGGCAAUAGCCGUGAUGGGUUUAUACUGCUCACUGAGAUCCCCAAAACCUCCUCCCUCAAGGAUCUGAACAGCUGUCUACCAAGGUCUGCCUACGUGCAGCCUGGGGUCAGAUGGGAGCCAGGGGAGGUGAAAGACCCAGAAUUCCCUCCGUUGGGCCAGCCCGUGUCUCUGUUUAUGGCCAUUGGACUUGGCUGAUGGUGGAAGAACGGGCUUCUGGCUCAGCCACAUGUGCUGGAGCUGGGCUGGGUUCAGUGGCGUGGCAGGGCCAAAACCGGCCCAGGGCUCUCCCUGGGAUCUGCCUCUCUUGUUCCGCGAUCUGCCCGAUCACUGAACAGGGAAGAAGUCUCACCCCCUGAUUUUGUACAGAACACUUUGUGAUGCAGUCCCUCUAAGGGCCUCUGCCUCCGCCAGCAGCCAGCCUGGAAUGAUGGUUCUGAGAAGGGGCAAUAUCCCCAUUCGCCUGCACCUGUUAACUCGGAAGCCGAACAAUGCGGUGGCUGUUAACUUUGUCAGUUCUUUCACUGUUGAUCGAAGCAAAUGAGAAAGAGGAGGGAGGAUCAGAUGAUUGCCAGCUCUUUGGGGCAGGUCUUUUUGCUCGGUUUGUACAGCACCUACUGGGAUUCCUAGACACUACAAUAAUACAAAGAAUAAUGAUGGGGAAUUUCAUAACCUAGUGUGGGUAGCGCCUCCUGCCUGUGUCAUGAGUGAAGGGGUGGAGCUUGGGUUGUGAGCAGAGCCUGGAAAAGUACCAACACAUCUUAUUCCUGUACUGACCCUUGGAACUCAGAGGUGGGUACAAGCGCCUGAGAUACCCAGGCAGCAGCAGGAAGGCCAGGUGCCCUGAAGGGGGUUCCAAAGAGGAUGGAUCUAGACUGUUCUUAGUGGUACCUGAUGACAGAACAAGGAGCAAUGGUCUCAAGUUGCAGUGGGGGAGGUUUAGGUUGGAUAUGAGGAAAAACUUUUUAACUAGGAGGGUGGCAAAGCCCUGGAAUGGGUUACCUAGGGAGGUGGUGGAAUCUCCUUCCUUAGAUAUUUUUAAGGUCAAGCUUGACAAAGCCCUGUCUGGGAUGAUUUAGUUGGGGUUGGUCCUGUUUUGAGCAGGGGGUUGGACUAGAUGACCUUUUGAGGUCCCUUCCAACCCUGAUAUUCUGUGAUUAAGUAGUUUGGAGGGGCCUUCUCUGGGGCUUCUAGAGUUCGUAAGGACAGCUCCUCGGGCAGAGUACAGCAAGAAGAUGCUCAGCAUGUGCCACUUCUUUAUGGGUGGGGGGUAUGCGCAUGUGCUCCUGUCAUCUGAGCCUCUAGUUGUGCUGGGCCCGGUCCUCUCUGGUAAGUUCCUGGACUGUCUGCAAACUCCAGUCUGGGGUUAGAUCAUCCUCUCUGUAGAGCCAGAGCCUCUUGCUAAUCCCCAGCCUACACCGGGUAAAACUGCCCCAGAGGCGAUUGGGUGGAUAACCAGACUUGGGGGAGCUCCACCAACAGGUGCAGGGAGUUCUCUGCUGGGGAGCUGGAGCAGAAAGGCUCAGGGAGGGGGGAAGAGAAGCCGAAAAAGGAGUCUUGGGGGAGAGGAGGGAAAGCAAAAUCCCCUGUAGGGUAUCACCUGGUAACUUUCUGGGUGACACUGUUAGUAGGUGACCCUCUGAACCCCUCAGUGCCAACUGGCAAAGGGUCCCCUAUCCUGUAACAGCAAUGUCUAACAGGCCUGAUAAACUCGCUAUGCCUAGCUGUCAGGGUAUUUAUCCAGAAAUAGCAUAGUGUAAGGUAUCAAAUGAAAGCUGGCAUCAUGAUGGUCACUAAUACCAUUGUGAAAUGUACGUACUGAGCAUAUAAAUUAAGUGAUGUGUACAUCCUGGCACUGUGUCUUAAAGUCUGUAACCAGGCAGAGCUGAUCCACAGGUUUCUGCCAGACAGGAGAGAAGAUGUGUCUCUGUAUCAUGUAAAUUAAGCCAAAUCUGUCUAUGACAUACACAGGAGGAUGGGAAGACACUGGAGACUAGACUGCAAGGCCUGUCCUGUCAGGGUUGCAAAGACAAUGAACUUGCGGGUGGGGCUGGGGGUGGAGGUGGGGCAUAAGGGAAAGGCAAAAGGACACCUUCAGUCAGGCAGCAAAAAGAUCAGCACUUUUCCCAUUAAUGAAAGUUGGUUUCUGGCCUCCUGGACUAGUGAUGCUGAGAGGUUGCCUCAUGAGAUUUUCACCUGUUAAAAGUUGUUUAGACUCUAAGACACACAUACCUUUGGUUUUAUGUGUAACUGGCUGCUCUUAUUACCCUUGCUCGGUAGCUCUUAAAUCUUAACCUUUGUUAAUAAACUUGCAUUGGUUGUGCCAGUAAAGAGAUGCCGGGGCUAUGUCAUUAUACUGGAGCGGCUACUUGGUUGACUCAAACAAGCUGGUGGGUGUAUUGUUCCCUUGAGAGUAGUGAACAUAGUAGUUACUGUGAAGGUUGAGUGUCAGGGGCUAGACACUAUGGGGGGAUGAUUUUGAGGAAUUUGUGGUGCACCAAGUGUUGCCCUUCAAGGCAAGCGGGGGCUGGCACAGCCCUGGGAGAGUGCUUGAGUGGCUGAAGGGCUGGUGGGGUCAGGACACCCAGCUACCACCAAAAGUCUCCCUCUCACUGAGAUGGGGGUAACACAGUGACUCAUGGCCCUGGGCUCAGCCCAGUUCCCUAUCAUCUCCAGGCCCUGGCAGGAUCAUAGACUAUCAGGGUUGGAAGGGACCUGAGGAGGUCAUCUAGUCCAACCGCUUGCUCAAAGCAGGACUAGUCCCCAGACAGAUUUUUGCCCUGGAUCCCUAAAUGGCCCCCUCAAGGAUUGAACUUACAACCCAGGGUUUAGCAGGCCAAUGCUCAAACCACUGAGGUAUCCCUUCCUGGAGUCAGAACUGUGAUGCUGGGACUCAGGGCUCUGGGCCCUUCCCCUGUCCCCAGGAGAUCCAGGCCUCUGCGGUCCUUCCCUACCCUGGCUCUGGGGUCCACUGGCUUGCUGCCCCAGAAGGGCAAUGGGCUCAGAGCUGGGCUUUGUCCUUGCCCCUGCUCUGACAUCAUAGUGCUGCUGAUAUGACCUCACACUCCAUUGCCAGGGAGACACCGGAGGAGCAGCUGAGCCGGGCAGGGCAGGUGGCAGUCUUCUCAUCCUCAUGCUCAGCUGUACCACGUCCUCUGUCUCUGUAGCCGCUGGGCAGCCUGGCCCCCGGAGAUCCAGCCCUCCCUCCACCAUGGGGCGCCUCCCUCUGGGCGGUGUCUCACCCUAUGUGAGGACCAGCGCUGGUGGGAGCGUGGACCCUCUGAAGUUCUAUGCCACCAGCUACGGCACGGCUUACGGGCAGGAGAGAUUCCAUCCUCGCGUUGGCCACCACUCAGGAGCCGGGUACAAAUCCAAUUACCGGCCUGUUGUCUUUUACAAGGCCAGCCUGGAUCAAGUGGAUAAUCCAGCCGUGGGACAGCUCCUUCAAGAUAACUAUGAUACAGUGACCACCAAGCACUUCCGGCCCCUCCAGCUUCCCGAUGGCAAGUACCCUCUGCCCUGGAGCGUCUACCAGCCAGGGAGUGGGUUUGUUCGAGACAAGCCCAUUUCCUUCCCCACCACCAAAGCCGUUAAGAAAGUCCACUUCGAUACACGGGACCAGGGGCCGCGAGCCAUCACAGGGCUGGAGCCCAGACAACUCCCCGUCCUGCACAAGCCACAGGGGAAAGGCUCCGUCGAGGGGGAGAAUGCCAGACAUGGCCCUCUGUACAUGUCCACAGAGUAUAACUCCAAGUUCCGCUUCGACAUUCCUGGCCAGCCAGAUUUCUUACAGAGGAAGACGAUAGGAGCCAAGGAGGAGACGGGAUUCACUGAGGGCACCCAGUGGAACCCCAUUACAAUCCUGCCAUCUCCUCCGGGAGAGCCAAGGAGCCAACCUGGCAUCAGCAUCACCAAGACGGACUUCCUGCCCAGCGCUCUCCCCCGUGGCGAUGAGUUCCUGCCUGUGCUCUCGAAGGGCUCUGCGCGAGAGACGGGAUUCAGCCGGGACAAACACAACGGCCUCAGUGCCAUGGGCCUGCCGCAUGCAGCACCCCAGCCUGGGGUCGAGGGGUCAGGGCCCCUGAGCCACACUCAGUUCCGAGGGCUCCAGAGGCCCCUGCAGACCCAGACCAACCUGCUGGGCCGGGAGUACGUGGGGAACAAGGAACUCUCUGGAUUCAGCAUCAACAACAAGAAAUAUGUGACACCCCCCUACGACCCAGACUUGCCCAACAAGUACCUGAGCAGCUACAACUCCAAGUUUUAUGACAACACCCUCAAGGGCGUGGACCGUGAAGGAUGGACCCAUGGAGGAAUCCAGCCCCAACAGCCGGGUGGCUUCGCCACUAACAACCACGUCACUGGACUGGGCAGCAACCCCAAUGCCACGGAGACCCUGAGACGGGUCCACCCCCAUGUUGGCAGGACGAUCACAACGGUGGACCCGUUCUAUUGCGACACUCCUCAUGACAACCGCUUCUCUGCUCUCUACCAAACCGCCGUACCUGAGUAGGUCUGUGCCUCCACCCCGCAGGAGCUGGUCUCCUCUGGCGAGGCAGGGAUUCCAGGGCUGGUCUCCCCCAGCGAGGCAGAGGCUUCAGCAUCUCCCAAAGGACUUUACUUUUCCAAGGAUAUAAAGAGAAGUCAUCACCCAGUGCAGGCUCAUUGGUUCUCAGUGGCCUAGUUGCCAGCCCCCCUCCCCUUAGAUCUCAUAGACCUCUCCUGCUCUUCCCCAUGGCCCCCAUAAACUUCUCCUUCUCCUCUUCCCCAGGGAUACCAGCGCGCUUUUCCACUCCCAUCCCCUGCUGUUCUCACAGGGGAGCCCUCUGCUGUGAGAGCUGACCCCAGCUCUCACUCCACGCAUGGUGGCACCCAUGUGCUGCUAUGGGAGUCGGCAGUUCCAUUCUCCUGGCAUUUGGGCCCCAUCCCUCACAGUGCUGAGCAGUGGGAGAGGAGGGUGCCUGGCACCACGCAGGAUCAAGCCCUUUGACUCAAGACGGGAAGCUGGGCCCUGUGUGUGCAGCAGUGAAUGGAGUUAACCAUUAGACAUGUGCUGCAGCCACCUGGGCUACCCCAGCUCACCACAGGGUCUCUGCAGGGCCUGGCACCGUCCCUGCAGGGCCCUGGGGCUGUUAUCAGGGGGCCUAGGGCUGUUCUCGCGGGGCCUGGGGGACUUGUAGCUUUCACUGGCACCAGGGUUGCCUUGAUUCAGCCAUUAAAUCAUCGCCAUCAAUGGAACAAGGCUCAUUUACAGCAGUGGAGGAGCUGGUGAUUUGUUCUUCAAAUAUAGCCCUGUUGCUAAGGCCACCCAAGACCCAGUGGAGGCUGCUGAGCUCUGGAGACGGGGGACUGAACCUGCCCUGCAGAGGCACGUUUGGAUCCAGUAAGGCUAAGUCAAGCUGUAAUGUCCCCCUGCCUGCUUGGCAGAGUCUUCACUCAACGGCUGUUCUCCAGACUUAAAUCCAGGGCCCUGCACUGACUCCAGCUGAGUAACUCUGGGUUGCUUGGCAGGAUCCCUCUCUGCCUGGCUGUUUCUCUUUUCCAGCUCAAUUGCAGUGCUGCUGGUGAUGAUGGAGGCAGCUGUGUGGUGACGCUGCCUGGCUCAGGUGCCCCAGCAUGGCGAUAAUGCCAUCCCGCUCAUGCACGUGUGUUAGGAACCGACUGGUGAGCUUUCCCUUGUGCCCUGAAAGGAGCAGCGUUUGGCCCAGCGGCACUGUGGCCGUACCCAGAUGGGAGAGGGGUAAUAGCAGAGCAAUGGGCUGGAAUUGUCUCUUCAACUGCCAGCUGGUAACUGUUAAUAGACAGUCUGACACACCACUGCGUUUCCUCCUGGUCCUGUCACACUGUGCAUCUACACACGCAUUUAAUGACUCUCUUCCUACUGCUCCCCUCCCCAUCCCAAACAGCUGGUAGCUCGAUUCCCACACCCUCAGCAUGUUCCACAUUCAUCAGCACCGCAUGGGGUGAUGUACAGGUAAUAGGAUCUUUUCCCGUGCCCCAUAACCUACUGUACGGUGUAGUGCACACACACACACACAGAGUAGUCUCCACACUCCCAGCAUGGUGUGAUGGCACACACAGAAAGCAGAGUCUACAGACACCCAGCAUGCUGUGACAUAUAUAUAUACUCGCACUACAUUCCCUGCAUCAUGUGAUGCACUCACGUACCAAAGGAUCUCCACAUUCCCAACAUGGUGCGGUGUACAUGUGCCCACACAGUCGGAGCUCCACAUUUCCAACACGAUGUGAUAAACGCAAAGUCAGAGUAGGGUUUCCAGCCUCCCAGCCUCCCAGCAUGGUGUAAUGUUAUACAGAUACACAGUGGGGGUCUCUAUUCCCAGUAUGGUGCUAUGCUCGCACACACACAGGUAGGGUCUCCACACUCCCAGCAUGGUGUGAUGCCUGCACAUGCAAUAGGGUCUCGAGGCUCCCAGCUUGGCAUGAUGCACACAUGCACAGUGGGAUCUCCCUGCAUGGGGUGAUACAAGACGUAGGCCUUUUUCCCUGCUUGGUUGCAAUGCACACCCUCUGCACUCCUGCCCUUGGUCUCAGUUUCCGCCCCAAAACAUGAUAUCUCCCUCUUUCCAGCUCUCAUGUUUCUCUCUGGAGGGUAGUUUCAUUUCCUAGUGCAUGUUCCAUGAGCUCGUGUGGGGCCUCUGACUUUGACAGCAAUGAGCACAAUCAGUGAUACCAAACAAGCUGGCCUCAUGUUGCAGGUAACACUACCAGGCUGCAGCUCUGUUUUCCAGCACACUUGAGCCUGCUGACACCUGAUUCCCCCCGCACACUCUGCAGGGGGAAAGCUGGCUGGGGGCUGUAGCUUUGCCCAGCAGUCCUGCUACAUCUCACAGCUUCUCUGGCUACAGCUCACUCGGAGCCUUGAAUUAACACAUGUGACACUAGAUAUUAAAGGAGACUGCAAGUGGGAGGUGAAUUCUGAGUGACUGUGUGUGUAUGUGUGUCAUGGCCUGCAUCAUGUUGGUAGUGUGUGCAGUAAUAUUUAGAGAUGGGUAAAUCCUAUUGGUUCCAUCAGCCAUAGCCCCUCCUGCACACCUGGGCUAGAUUCUCCCCCAUAACUGCAUCUAGUUUCCAUGUCCCAAGUGGCCAGCUUCCCACAAUCUGAUGGAUCUCACAGCUGGGAACAUUUUCCUGGUAGGCAGCCUAAAUUUUCCCUCAUCCCAUUACUUCUACUUCCCCUCCCUCCUUCCGCCCACAUCCCCACCCCCAAGAAUCCCUCCAUCAGCUUGACAUGCUGCAGGGACUGCAGGACUGCCAUAUUCUCCACUGCCGCCUGGCUUAACCAGGCAGGAUGGAGUUCACUCCUUUAAUCUCUCCUCAUAAACCAGCCCUUCCAACCCAGCUGGUUCUUUUUGUUAUGCUUCUCUGACCUCCCUUAAGCCUCUCUGGUGAUGUGGGACCCCAACCUGAGUACAGCUGGUCUGUCAGCAGAGCCAGAUAGCUGGAUCUCCCUGCCCUUAUGAGGAUCGUGAUAAUAGGUCAGAAGCAUUAUCCCCAUUUUACAGAUGGGAAAAAUGAGGCAUCCAGCAGGCCAGAGCUGGGAAUAGAGCUGAGGUCUCCUGAGUUCUAGUUCAGUGCCCUGUCCGCUACCUUUGUCUGUAUAGCACAGAAUCACACUGGUUUUUAUUUUUUUAUUUUUGCUGUCCUAUCACAUCUAAUGUCCUGUCCCUUAUAACUCAGAUCUCUGCCUUAGCCUACUGCCUGCUGGAUUUCCCGUUCCUAUUGUGCAUCUAUCUAUGGGAUUAUAUUUCUUCAGCUGGAUUAGCUGCACUUUCCCAAAAUGGGUCUCCCUGUGCUGCUUGCAUUUGUGUUUGAGUGCACAGCAGUUCUGGAUCUGAUUCUGUGUGUGUGUGUGUGUCUGCCUGCCUGCGUGAAUCCCAUGCUGGUGUGCAUGUUUGUGUGUAUGCCUGUACACGGCAGGUGAUUCCAGAGAAUGAUGAUGCUCUAGGUAAUUGACCAUUGUUUCAUGGCUGUUCAGAGCACCAGCAAUGCCCUAGCACAGGGGAGGGCAAACUCUGGCCUGUGGGUCGGAUCCAGUCGGUCAGGGCUUUCAGUCUGGCCCACGGGAUUGUCAGCCUCGUGGUGCAGCAGGGUUAAGGCAGGCUCCCUGCCUACCCUGGCCCCGCGCCACUCCUGGAAACAGCCAGCACCACAUUCCCUGUGGCCUCUACGGGAGAGGUGGGGCAGAGGGCUCUGUGUGCUGCCCUCGCCUGCAGGCACCACCCCCUGCAGCUCCCAUUGGCCAGGAAUGGGGAACUGCGGCCAAUGGGAACUUCGGGGGUGGUACCCACAGACAAGGGCAGUGUGUGGCGGAGCCACCUGCCCCACCCCCACCCCCAGGAGCCGUUGCUGGAUAUGAUGGCCACUUCCAGGGGCCAGGACAGGCAGAGAGCCUGCCUUAGCCCCGCUUCACACCGCUGUUACCCCUGAGCCUCUUGAGGUAAGCAGCACCGGGCUGGAGCCCACACUCUGAACCCCUCCUGCACCUCAACCCCCUGCCGUGAGCCCCCCAACCCCCUGCCGCAGCCCUCCUGCACCCCAACCCCCAGCCCUGAGCCACCUGCCGCAUCCCGCAUGCGUCCUGCACCCCAAUCCCUGCCGUGAGUCCCUCUGCACCCCAACCCCCUGCCCUGAGCCCCCUCCUGCACCCCACCCCCUUGCUCUGAGCCUCUUCCUGCACCCUGCACCCCUCCCACAUCCCAACCCCCUGCCCUAGCCCUACAUUCAUGGCCCUACAUACAAUUUCCCCACCCCGAUGUGGCCCUUGGGCCCAAAAGUUUGCCCACCCCUGCCCAAGCAUGAAGCGAGCAUAUGGGGUGGAGCUGAAACGUAUGCUGGUUGUUGAUUUCAUCUCAGAAGACAGACAGGGCUGUACAUAGCUCUGAAAAAAAAUUCCCUGUUACCUUUACAACCAUCUGGAGUGAGACUCAUUCAGAGCAAGCGUUACUCAUGACAACGGAUAUAUAAAGGACUGAGGAGGAGUUAGUACCAAAAUAACUAGCCUGGGGACACAGCCACAGAGUGACUGGGGAUAAGGGGAGAGCUGGCAAGGACUGAACCAUGGUACACUGUUCACGGGGUGUAGGAAGGAGGCUGACCAGCUGAUGGCUCAUCCCGGUAGUCAGUCACAGUCAUUGCCUGGGGUAAGGGCCUGCUCCAAUUCCCUUUGAAGUCAAUAGACAACUGUCCAUUUCCAUGUGGUGGGAUCGGGGCCUGAAAGCAGCGUCCACCACAGCAUAGGUUCAAGAAGUAGGUCCCCGUUGUGGCUGUGUGCAUACACAUACGUGUGUGUUUAUGACAGGCCCUCAUACAGGCCUGCGCAUGAUUCAGUGUUUGCGCGUGCUAGCCCUGUGCUGUGCACAAGUGCUGCUUGAUAUGAGUUUGCUAGUGAGAACAGGGUUAACUCCCGCCGCACUUAUGCCCACGGGCUCACGUGAGCAGGCCUGGCAGAAGAAGGUGCAUGCUUGCAGCUACUGUUCUAGCCUGCGCUUGGCUUGGUGUAAUUAAUCCUGCAAGGGGGUGCUAGUGCGCAGGCCGCUGGCUGAUGAGCGGGUGAGACUGCUCUUUCUCCUUUGGCAUCCUUUGCUGUGUUUAAAAUGAAAAUUGAUCACAGCCUGAGACAAUCGGUCUGUUACAGAGGCGCUUAGCACCCCCAAGGAAAGCAAUGGGACUUGGUGCACAAAAGGAAGGGUGGGCUUGGAGCUGAGGCACUGGAAGACCUGGGUUCAGUACCUGGCUCUGCCGCAGAUGUGUGGGACCUCAGACAAGUCACUGCAUUUCUCUGGGCCUCAUUUCCCCAUGUGUAAAAUGGGGAUAACAAUCCUUCCUUUGCCUGUGUAGACUAGGCACGCUUCAGGGGAAGGGCUGUCUCUCACUGUGUGUCUGUGCAACACCUGGCACAAGGGGCCCUGAUCUCAACCAGGACUGGGACUGCUCCUGCUGUGUGUCUGUGCAGUACUUGACACAACGGGGCCCUGAUCUCUGCCAGGGCAGGGACUGUCUCUCACAGUGCGUCUGUGCAGCACCUGGCACUAUGGGACCUGAUUUUGGUCAGUGCCUCUAGGUGCCGCUGUAACACAAAUAAUAAUAGCAGAGCUCAGAGCCUGUGGAAUUCAGCCCCUUGGGAACUCAGGUGGGGCACCCAAAAUUAAUGAACGGUUCUGAGAUUCUGGGGCUCCCAGUUUUGUUACAGGUUGUUUAGUGUCUGCGCACAGUGAGGAACACCGGCUGCUCCUGGGCACUUCUUGAACAGCAGCAGUUCUUGCCUCCCAGUCAUUCAGUGUGUGACAGAGUAACACCCGGGCAGACACACACACUCUCCGGCUGCACAAACAGGCAGUGGCUGUUUGUUCUGGGCAAUGCACCAUUAACAAGGGUGGGGCAGAAUGUUGGGCUGACCCAGGGGGAAAAGGGAAGUGAGAGGCUGGCCUGACCUAGGGUGAUGAGCGGGGGAGUAAAGGGGAUAAGGGCAGUCCGACCCAGGCUUGUGAUAGGGGGGUUGAGUGGCUGCUUGACUGAUCCCCCACCCUGAAGAGUGAAUUCUCAGCUCUUAAGUGAGUUCCAGUGCUAGUGGUGGUGGUGGGAAUGGACCUCAGACUAUAUAGUUUAGCUAAUCAAAAAUAUUCUAAUCACAUUCUUAUCCCACGGUUAGUACUGAGGUAUUGUGCAAUGAGACGUGAGGGGCUUGGAGUCUCAUCCCCCACUACCAGAACAUGGGACACUGGGUUGCCCCAUUGUAGUUGCAGCACAGGAACAAACCGGACACACAUUACAUUCUCUCCUUACUUGGACAAAACCCCCACUGAUUUGGGUCCUUAGUACAGGCUCUGUCUUUAGUCUGGCAAACUCCUGUUGACAUUGGUGGGAAUUUUGCCUAAGUAAGGUACAGUAUCCCACAUGCAAUCUAUGGGAGAUUGUCAUUGGGACAGCUGCCACUGGAGGGCUGUCUGAGUAUAAUUUUUCCCAGGGAAGGUCUUUUGGAUGACAUGGCUGAUUUGAAGAGGGAACUAAGGCAGGAGAGUGGCUGGGUACAAAACACCUGGAGGGAUGUGUAAGAGGCAAUAAAAGAUACACAACUGCUGAUUGAUAA